AUGUCUGGAGCAGGAAGUGGCGAUGCUACGCUUUUCGAGGAAAGCUUCACCGUGACGGAAUAUGACCAGUCCAAAUACGACAGAGUCGCCCGCAUAUCAUGCACGUCUAGUGACUCCCAGACCGUCAUGACCCUGGACAUCAACAUUGAGCUGUUCCCAUGCUCCGUGUCCGAUACGCUACAUGUUGUCCUGACCACCACGUUAUCACCAGACGGCAGCAAGGAGGACGAUAAGGGCUGGCGAGAUGUCGGCAAGGCUGGCGAUGCUCCGGCAACUCUUGCCGACCUCUACGACUAUGUGUGCUACGGAAAGAUAUACAAAUUCGAGGAGACAUUUGAUGGCAAUACCAUGUAUGCGGGUCCAAAGACAAACUCUAGAGAAUUCUGUUUCUGUUGA